GGCCCUAGCAACCAGAGCAGUGACAGUAGCAACCGCCGGAAUGGCAAAAGCAACAACAAUAAAAGAAGCCCUAGCCAGAUGGGAAGAGAAAACCAGUCAGAAGCCAUCCGAAGCCAGAGAGAUAAAGCUGUAUGCCCAGAUUCCCCCUAUAGAGAAGAUGGAUGCGUCCUUGUCCACACUCUUUAAUUGCGAGAAGCUUUCACUGUCUACAAACUGCAUUGAAAAAAUUGCAAACCUGAAUGGCUUAAAAAACUUGAGAAUAUUGUCUUUAGGAAGAAACAACAUAAAGAACUUAAAUGGACUGGAAGCAGUAGGGGACACGUUAGAAGAACUGUGGAUCUCCUACAAUUUUAUUGAGAAGUUGAAAGGGAUCCAUGUAAUGAAGAAAUUGAAGAUUCUUUACAUGUCUAAUAACCUGGUGAAAGACUGGGGUGAAUUUGUGAAGCUGGCAGAACUACCAUGCCUAGAAGACCUGGUGUUUGUAGGCAAUCCCUUGGAAGAGAAACAUUCUGCUGAAGGGAACUGGAUUGACGAGGCAACCAAGAGAGUACCCAAACUGAAAAAGCUAGAUGGUACCCCAGUAAUUAAAGAGGAUGAGGAAGAAGAUAACUAACACCACAUUUUCCACUUUGUGUAACUUAUUUAAAUGUCAUAAGAACAAUAGAUAA